UGGCCGGUGUUCACGUUUAUGUUCCUCUCGCGAUAUCUUAGUAGCGCUUCCUGACAUCAGAAAACAUGGCAGACGAGUACGGACGAAAAUGGGACCGGUGCCUUGCCGACACAGCCUUGAAAACAGUAACUGGCCUAGGUGUGGGCAUUGUGUUCUCCGUCCUCCUCUUUAAACGUCGCACAUGGCCCGUCUCACUGGGUUCAGGUUUUGGACUGGGAAUGGGAUACGCCAACUGUCAGCAUGACUUCAGGUCACCGUACCUGAUUCAUGGGCACAUGGUUAAGGACCAGUAAUGAAGGACUAAAGAUGACAAGGAUUUGCCGAGGAGCUACUCAUCUGUUUUUUGUGUUGUGUCCUUGUUGGUUUUGUUGCUCAUUUCUGUCCUGGCACUAACAUCCUAACCAUGGUGGCUGUGCUUAUCAAAGGGCAGUGAAUGUAUAUUUAAUAAAGUCAUUAUGGAAAAACUC